AUUACCACUUCUAAACAUACUUAAUUAGUGUUCUAAACAAGCUUAAUUAAUUAACAAGAAUUAUAAUUAUGGGAGCUCUUAAAUUCCUUGCCUUCCUUGCUUUCUUAGCUUUGGCUUCCUAUGGAGUUGUUGCAACUGAUCCUACUCAACUUCAAGAUUUCUGUAUCGGAACUAACGAUCCAUACAAUGCAUUGUUUGUGAACGGCAUGUUUUGCAAGAAUCCAGUGGCCGCAAAAGCAGAAGAUUUCUUGUUCCAGGGGCUGGACAAGGCCGGAGACACAAACAACAUGGUGCGCUCCAAUGUAACAUUAGUAUCGGCUGUGCAGCUCGCAGGGCUUAACACACUCGGCAUUUCACUGGCCAGGAUCGACUUUGCACCUUACGGUCUUAAUCCUCCCCACACUCACCCUCGUGCGACCGAGAUCCUUACAGUCAUCGACGGAACUCUUCAUGUCGGGUUCGUAACCUCAAAUCUGGCCAACGGAGACAACAAGUUGUUCACUAAGGUGCUUAACAAAGGAGAUGUGUUUGUGUUCCCACAAGGUCUUAUCCAUUUUCAGUUCAAUAUUGGAAAUACUCCUGCUGUUGCUAUUGCUGGUUUAAGCAGCCAAAACCCAGGAACUGUCACCAUUGCUAAAGCUGUUUUCGGUGCUAAUCCUCCCAUCUCUGUGGAUGUUUUGAGCAAGGCUUUUCAGCUUGAUGCUGGAAUUGUUAAGAAGCUUCAAUCUCAAUUCUGGAUGAGCCCUUGAUUUCAAAAUCAAAACAUGAUUUGAAUUUAAAUAUUGAACCAAUACAAAUAUCUAUAGGGUUAUAUUAAAAUAAAACAUAUGUUAUAUUGUCUUUAAUUACACUUUAAUUUUUGUUAUUUGUUGUUUACAUUAUAU